GACCUGUUUUACAAAGCGUAUAUUGCAACCAAACUUUUAUAUAAUGACAUCUUUAACAGUGUUAGACUAUAACUCUAUCCUUACAGGGAUUAUCGCGAUUGCGGGGCUCCCCACAGCGUGGAAUAUUAUUGCGCGGAAUGAAUAUCGCCACCACACCAUUGAAAAGAUUCUUAAAGGAAAGAAGCGUGGUGCCUAUCUGCUAGCUACCGCGAUCUUUAUCGCUUCUCUUCUACGGGAUUUUGCCUUCAAGGUAGCAGUACAGGACAAUCCAAGCUUGCUGAUGUCCAUGAUUUCAGCAUCUUUCUCAGCCGAUUUAAAUAUUUUACAAACUUUAUUGCAGAUGCUAGGGGUACUCCUACUUAUUAUCGGGAAUAUACUCGUUGUGAGCUCCUUUUGCCGUCUGGGGAUUACUGGCACCUACCUCGGGGAUUAUUUUGGAAUCAAGAUGAAGAAACGCGUUACCGCUUUUCCUUUUAGUCAUUUUGAAAGUCCCAUGUAUCUUGGAUCCACCCUUAGCUUUCUGGGGACUGCCUUUUUAUAUCGCAGUGAAGUAGGCGUGUUGUUGGCUGUGUGGGUGGGGAUCGUGUAUUACGUGGCAACAGUGUAUUUUGAGAGCCCCUUCACCGCUAUGAUUUACUCCGAAAACAAAAAAGCUUAUAGGAAAUUGACAAACAUGCACACACUAAAGAAUAAUAGCUAAUCGUAAAGACAAUCGUCUUUUCUGGAUUCAAAUUGUGGAUUUGAUCCUCAAGCAAUUUAUAAGCUUCCGCCAUUUUUUAGCCCCAUAAUCUUCUUUUGCAAUUGGAGGAAGGGAAGGGGGAAGGUUCGACGGGAAUGAUCUCCACUGCGAA